AUGGAAGUUGUUGGUCUCGUAUCAAGUUGUAUCGCCAUAGGAGAACUGGCAGUAAAGUCUCUAAGGCUUCUUCACUCACUACAGCAAAAAGUAAAUUACUGUGGGCUUCACUUGCAAACGGUGCGCACGCAGAUAAGCGCCGUGAAAGCAGCAGUCACCCACAUUCAAUCCUGGCUUGAUACAUGCUCAGGAAACCCAUGCAUGGUAGAAGGAUUGAUCGGGGACUUGCAGCUAUCACUUGACGGAUGCAAGUCACUUUUAGAGAUCUUCUCAGAACAGGCAACUCAAGUGAUGAAAGAGCAGAACACACAAGGAUGGAUUGAAAAGAUCAAACUUGUUUGGAAUGAAACCGACCUCACUCAGUAUCGGGACAUGCUUCGCGAUCAGGUCCAGGCUUUGAGCUUGCUAUUACAGGUUGUACAGUUACAGGACAACGACGACGGAGAGCGGCUGAGUAUGUCUUUUGACUUCGACUCAGAAGUAUUUCAAUCUCGAGCAUAUCAGGUGGCGCUCGCUCCAUACAUUCGGUACAAACUGCUAGAAGAUAGAACAGCAGCAAAAGAUAAGACAGCAGAUAAUGCUUCGGUGAUGUAUGCGGAUCCUGUUCAGGAGCUUGUGUACCACUAUAGUUACAAUGAUGUGGGCAAGACCUAUGAUGACAUCCAAUCGUUGCCACGCAUCGUCUACAGUCUUGGGGUUGAGCAAACUAAAUUGGAGAGGUUGCUUCUCGAAUCUAAACAAGACCGACGGAGGCAACUCCAUCAAAACCUAGCUCGACUGGGCCCAGUACCGCCUGGCACGCUAAAGAGCUUACUAUCAGCUUUCAGGACCACGGCAGGCCUGGUUGAGUUGAAUCGUAUAUAUCGAUUUCCCUAUGGCCUCUCUCCAAUCACCCUGGAUGAUCUCAACAGCUUUCGACGUGCCUGGAGGAUAUGCGAUCCCUUUGCCACUGGCUAUAUACGCCAAACCCAAUUUCCACUGCUUCUGCGUGAACUGGAGGAUCCCUUCUCCGUUCGCCUCUAUCAUCCCGAAUUUUCGAUACAUAGAUUGUUGUCGGGGAUUGAUACAACACUGGCCCCUCCUGGUUCUGGUCCCUUUUUACAGAUCUUGGCGGGGAAACUGGAGAAACUACCGGUGAGCGAGGUAAAAAGGAGAGUCGUGCUUGAUCUUCUUUUCAACGAAGUAUCGGUUAUGCUGAACCCUCUCAGGGGAAUUAAAUUCGUGUCAGCUCUGGUGAGCAUAUUAAACUUCAAGAGAUCUACUGAUGCGGAUUGGAGAUCAGCAAGCAGCCGCGACGUCUGGCUUGCGGUUCAGCAAAGCUCUUCGACGAUGCUUGGGGCCGCACUGCGCCGUCAUAUUAGACUGAUUCGAGCUGAAGAGAAAAGAAAAAUCGCUGUUAUUAUUGGGUUUUUUGACACACUUUAUUGGCAUCACACCGUGGAUCAAAUGUGA